GGUGAUUCUGUUUCCAUAGCGGCAAAUCAGUCAAGCAAGUUCUGCUAGGAGUUCUUGUUGCUGCUUUUGUGUUAUUUUCCAGACUUUCAAAUCAAAUCUCAGCCCUGAUUCAUUAGGCUGCAGCAUAUGAAGAAAGUCUAUUUGUGAAAUAAGGGUAUUCUUGUUGGGAUACACUGAAGAAGAUUCCUUGAUAUGACAAAGAAGAGUCGUGUGGAUUUCUCUUUACAUGAAGAUGGAAAGAAAGUGAAACUCAGCACAAGAGAAGGAGUGAAUGAUGGUUCUUCAAGACAUGGGCUAAAUGAUUCACUUCUUCCUGGUCUUAUUGAUGAUGUUGCAUUGAAUUGUCUUGCUUGGAUUAGUAGAUCGGCUUAUGCUUCGCUAUCGUGUAUAAAUAAGAGGUACAAGAAGCUGAUUAGUAGUGGCUACCUAUAUGGGUUGAGGAAGGAAUUGGGGGCUGUUGAGCAUUCGGUUUAUUUGGUUUGUGAUCCAAGAGGAUGGGAGGCCUUUGACCCCAAUGUAAAUAGAUGGAUUUCAUUGCCUAGGAUACCUUGUGAUGAAUGUUUUAACCAUGCGGAUAAGGAGUCGUUGGCUGUGGGAUGUGAAUUGUUGGUUUUCGGCAGGGAAUUGAUGGAGUUUGCUAUUUGGAAAUAUAGCUUGGUUUUACAAGGUUGGGUGAAGUGCCAAGGGAUGAACCGCCCUCGCUGCUUGUUUGGAUCUGGCAGUGCUGGUUCCAUUGCUAUUGUUGCGGGGGGAAGUGAUAAAAAUGGUAAUGUUCUGAAAUCGGCAGAAUUGUAUGACUCUUCAACAGGAACUUGGGAACUGUUGCCAAACAUGCACACAGCUCGUAGAUUAUGCUCUGGAUUUUUUAUGGAUGGCAAAUUUUAUGUGAUUGGCGGGAUGUCAAGUCCAACUGUUUCAUUAAGCUGUGGGGAGGAAUAUGAUCUUAAGACAAGAAGUUGGCGGAAAAUAGAGGGUAUGUAUCCUUAUGUUAAUGGGGCUGCUCAAGCGCCUCCUCUUGUGGCAGUUGUUGAUAACCAGUUGUAUGCAGUUGAGCAUCUAACUAACAUGGUGAAGAAAUAUGACAAGGAAAAGAACACCUGGGAUGAAUUGGGAAGGCUUCCGGUCCGGGCUGAUUCUUCUAAUGGUUGGGGACUGGCUUUCAAGGCUUGUGGAGAUAAACUUCUGGUUGUGGGUGGACAAAGGGGUCCAGAAGGGGAAGCUGUUGUGUUGAAUUCAUGGUGUCCUAAGUCAGGGGUCGUGAAUGGCACCAUCGAUUGGCAGAUACUCGGUGUAAAGGAGCAUGUUGGGGUUUUCGUGUAUAAUUGUGCUGUAAUGGGUUGUUGAGAUACUUUUAGAUUAACUCAACUGAAGACAAAUAUGCUGGUAUAUUCAAUCUGACAGAGCCUUGAAGGGUGGUUCCAUGUGUUCAAUCAAUGUGGGAUAGCUUUUCCUGCUUGAGAAAUGAGAAGUUUGUUUCUUUCAUUUUUAACAUGGUUUAUUUGAAUGUAUUUUUCACUGUCAUGAUCCAUAAUUUCAAAUUGCUUUUGAGGUUAGGCUUUUACACAGAUAAGUUCUGUUAUCUUUUUUUCUUAGCCAACUAUGUAAACCAAUAAAUCAAGUAUUUUAAUUGUUCAAUGCUUUGAUGCUCAUUGUUUGUUCACAA